CGCAGGGAAGGAUCCGUUUUGGCGGGCGGUUGGCGUUGCGCAGAAGGCGGCGGCGGUGGUGGCUUGUGGUGCGGCCUCACCAUACAGGAACAGGGCAGACGUUAGCGUGAGUGAUCACUCUCAAUCCCGGGGACCCGGUGGCCUUAGUCUUUCAGGUGGAACGGUGUGCGACAUGGGAAAGAAAACCAAGCGGACAGCUGACAGUUCUUCUUCAGAGGAUGAGGAGGAGUACGUUGUGGAGAAGGUGCUAGACAGGCGCGUGGUUAAGGGACAAGUGGAAUAUCUACUGAAGUGGAAAGGCUUUUCUGAGGAGCACAAUACUUGGGAACCUGAGAAAAACUUGGAUUGCCCUGAGCUAAUUUCUGAAUUUAUGAAAAAGUAUAAGAAGAUGAAGGAGGGUGAAAAUAAUAAACCCAGGGAGAAGUCAGAAAGUAACAAGAGGAAAUCCAAUUUCUCAAACAGUGCUGAUGAUAUCAAAUCUAAAAAAAAGAGAGAGAGCAAUGAUAUCGCUCGGGGCUUUGAGAGAGGACUGGAACCAGAAAAGAUCAUUGGGGCAACAGAUUCCUGUGGUGAUUUAAUGUUCCUAAUGAAAUGGAAAGACACAGAUGAAGCUGACCUGGUUCUUGCAAAAGAAGCUAAUGUGAAAUGUCCACAAAUUGUGAUAGCAUUUUAUGAAGAGAGACUGACAUGGCAUGCAUAUCCCGAGGAUGCGGAAAACAAAGAGAAAGAAACAGCAAAGAGCUAAAGGAGGGGAUGGUCUCUGUCAUUUCUCUUUGUACAUAAUACAUUCACCUCCCUGCCUCCUCUCCUUUCUACCCACCCCUUUCUAUCCUAAACACAUCCAUAAAAAAUGUGCUUAUCACUGUGCUCCACAGGAGAAAUGUUGGUAUUGGUUCUCUUGUAACAUAACUGAUGGUCUGAUUAAUGAUAAGUGUCUCUCUGUGAAGACCAGGCAUUUACAUAGAGUGUAAUACCCACAAUUUUUUUUUCCUUUGCCCUAAUCUCUUCCUUCUGCUCCCCUGUGACCUCAAGAUGAGUUUUAACUUUUUAAUCACCUUAGAGUCUUGAUCUUUUCAGGGUUGGUCACUUUUUAGAUUGGGGGAUUUUGUUACAAUGAUGUUGAAUUUUGGUUUCUUGCUUUGGUUCUUAGAACAUGUUGCUGACUAGCUGGCCUUUGUUCUGACGUGUUGAGAUGGAAAGGAUGUUGCCCAUCUGUUAAAAAGCUAAUAGCAACUGCCUACCUGUUGGGGCUUUCCCAACCUUGUUCAGCUCUACCCAGUAGAAUACAGGGUUUCUGGUGUGGUCUUCUGGGCCACCUUCUGUUGUUCAUCCUCACUCAUCCUCCCAGAAUUACUCCAUCCUUUGGAAGAUUUGAAAUUUUACACUGAAAUUUGACAAGACACUCUUUUUGCCCCAGGACUUUUGGUAUCGCUUUUAGCACUCCCUACUUCUGCUUCUGUAAAGUGAUAUCAAUUUGUGAUAAAAUGACAAGAUUA